GCGCUCUCCUGCUUCUCCCCUGAGCCCACAGACUGCCGAGACGGAGCAAAUUAUGGCCCGGGCCACGGUCGAGCUGGUUAGAUCGCGCGUAUCCUGCGUACGGUGCGGAGUGUGUGACGACGCUCGCUUUGCUCGCAUUUAUCGAAGCAUUUGGCCCUCUUGCAGCAUCCCUACAGUGUAGUGUACCGUGGACUGUUGGACUGGAGUGUUUGCUAGUGUGACCUGCCGACUGUGACGUUUUGUGCGACGUGUGUGUGUGCGUGUGUGUGUGUGUGUGAAGUGUUCCGUGGCGUUGUUUUUUCCGUGCGUAACCGAAACGAGCAGCAAGCAGAAAGCAGCCAGCAAACAGUCAACCAGCAAUCAAGUGACCGCGCCAGGGUGCACCCACUGAGGGCACUGUUGCAGUGGUGUGGUGGUUGAUCCCCUACGUCCACUCUCAACCCUCCCUCCCUCCCCCCCCACGUUCCAGAAGCCAGGCCAACAUGUUGAACGUGUGCGCGGACCUGGUGCAGUUCGACCAGUACAGCCUGCAGCUGUACAACUACGCGAUGGUGGAGCGGUUCCGCUCGAACCAGUUCUUCAACUACGGCAACUUUGUCGCGGACACGCGCACCCUCUCCCGGUUCUUCAAGCCCGCCCUACCCCCCAACCCGGUCGAUGCGGCGACGGCGGCGGCGGCCGCCGCAGCAGCAGCCGCCGCCGGCAGCGCCCUGCUGGCCGACGCCAGCAAGCUCUCCUCCCAGGCGCCGAAGCCCCAGUACAGCUACAUCGGGCUGAUCGCGAUCGCCAUCCUCAGCUCGCCGGAGAAGAAGCUCGUCCUGUCCGACAUCUACCAGCACAUCCUGGACAACUACUCGUACUUCCGCAGCCGGGGCCCCGGCUGGCGCAACUCCAUCCGCCACAAUCUGUCGCUGAACGACUGCUUCAUCAAGGCGGGCCGGAGCGCCCACGGCAAGGGCCACUACUGGGCGGUCCAUCCGGCGAACGUGGAGGACUUCCUCAAGGGGGACUUCCGGCGCCGGAAGGCCCAGCGGAAGGUGCGCCGCCACAUGGGCCUCACGUCCGACGACGACAUCUACGACAACAGCAGCCCGCGCCAGUUCUUUCCCGCGAUCAACUCGCCGCCCCCGGCGGCCGGGCAGCAGGGGGUGCAUGGGAGUCAGCCCCCAUCGGCCGCCAACGUGCUGCCGCCCCACCCGGUGCUGACCAAUCCCGCGCUCUAUCUCGGGCCGGGCUCGACCGCUUCGGCGACGGCAACCGGUGGUGGUGGUGGUGGCGGAGGAGUCGGUGGAGCAGGCCAGCCUCCGACCGGUAAACUCUCCCUCAUCGGGGACGGCGGCCCGGUCGAGCACCAUCUGCACCAUCAGCACCAGCAAGCCGCCGCCCUCCUGCAUCACCAUCACCAGCAGCAGCAGCAGCAGCAUCUCCAUCAGCACCAUCAUCAACAUCAACACCAUCACCAUCACCAUCACCACCAUCAUCAAACAACGGCCGCGGCCAUCAUCAUGCGCAACACGAUGGAAAGCUUCUCCCGCAAGCGCCAGUUCGACGUGGAGUCGCUGCUCCGCCCGGACGACGGUGCGGACGACCGGGAACCGUACGAGCUGCGGCGACCGCGGCUCUGUUCGCCCGCCAGCUCCAGCCAGAGCCCGUCGCCGCUGCCCGCGUACACCGGUCAGGGGGGGCUGGUGAUGGGUGGGCCACCGCUGCCGCCGCCAAAGACGAGCCCGGCACAGACGCAGCCGCCGCACGGCGCCAAAACACCCCAGCAGUAAAGCGAUCGUAAGAGUAAGAUAAGCAGAGAACAGAGAGAGAGAGAGUAAGGUAGAGAGGUAGAGAGAGAGAGAGAGAGAGAGAGAGAGAGAAAGAGAGAGAAAAAAUUUAUCGAGGAUCUCAAGUAGAAGUUCCCCAUCUAAACCUCACUGUGUAUAUUCCUAUUCCUUCAUAUCCUCUACGCGAGCUGCACGUACGCUUGGUGCCGUGACCAGGAUCACCGUCGUUUACAAGCCGCCCCAUACACGGGGCGCAUCGUGCAGCUCGUUUUUUCCUCCUCUUUCUAACCCAUCUCGCCAUCGUUCUUCUUCCGCUUUCCCACUUUUCACCCCUCCGCUCCAGCCGUUUCGUAAAAACAAAAGCCAAACUAACUAGAGGAGGAAGCAGCUACGUACGUAAAUAUUAUAAAUGUAUAUUAAAGUACGCGCGCACCUACGCACGCGAUUAUUGAAUGUGACUGUUAGCCAUUGAUGUGAAACGAUCCGCAAACCGUGCGAGGAUGGGGUGUGUGCGAGGGUUUGAAUAUGUAAAAGGAUCAUCCGCUGGGCUGCUCAUCCCCUUUUUCCCGCCCGAGCCGUUCGGGAUUAUAAAGUAUAUCAAACAAUUAGAGUAUCAUCCGACCGAAUACAAUCAACCAACUAUCGGUUUUUUGUAAGCGGAUUUCCUUCCCUUCUUGGCCAACACUGCCUCUUUUCCUCCCGUCUCCUACGCUGCGCCAAUCCUGCCCGUAAGCCGUGCCUCCUGGGAAAAAGCUGGGGAAAGAACGGUUUCCAUAGCACGACCAGCACGAAUGCUAAGGUGUUCCUUCCGUUGCGGAAAUUAAUUUCGAUAUCAAAGGAAGGAUUAAAUGGCCCGCCCGGUAGGCGGCCUUCCGUGAGCUGCUGCUGCUGCUGCUGCGGUUUUCGUUGAUUAAUUUUUUCCCCUGCUACCCGUGCUCCCGUGGGAUGCACUCGGGGCGUAUAGGGCUUCCUUUUGUGCGCUCGCUGCCACCCAAAAAUGGAACACGGCAGCGGUCCUCUUUACCAGCAUUUUUUUCAUUCCUUCCCAUUCACCAGCAACCAGCAAGGAUGGUCCUAACACGGGGAUAAUUCCCACUCACGCACUCUUCCCCCCCACCCCCCCUUGCUAGAGCCUAGUAGCCGCCCAGUGUUAGUGUUCUGUGCCGAAAUGUUGUCGAUGUGAAUCUUCCGUUUCCUUUAUUCCAUUCCCGGCUUCCCGUGUUCGUUCGUUCAGGGUUUUUAGACGUUUACGUUUUGUCAAGGAAACAAACAAUCACCUCUCUCUCGCUGUAUGUACUAUGCUACGCGGGCGAGACACCGCAUUGACAGUUUGUUACAGUGCCGCCAGUAAAAAAAAGGGGUGAGGGACGAUCGGGGCAUGCGGCUAGAUUCAUUGAUAAGUCGAAAGCAAAAUAUUAUUACCUUUAUCCU